AACGGUCACACUCGUUAACAGCUGUUUCAACACGCAGUAUUCCGUGUUUUUACGUUCUCUUCGAAUUUCACAACAAUUGGUCUUUUUAUUGAUUUAUUUGUGUGACAAUUACUAGUUCAACAUGUCCCUGGUGCGAAACUCCUCCCGGUUGCUGCGUUCGCAGUUGAAGCGAGUGCAGAGUGUGCCGGUAGCAUUGUAUCAUGAAAAUGUCGUUGAACACUACGAAAACCCGCGCAACGUGGGAUCUCUGGACAAGAAGGAUGUUACUGUAGGCACCGGCCUCGUUGGAGCUCCCGCAUGUGGCGAUGUGAUGAAAUUGCAGAUCAAGGUGGACGAAAACGGCAAGAUAAUAGAUGCCAAGUUCAAGACCUUUGGUUGUGGAUCGGCCAUCGCCAGCAGCUCUCUGGCCACCGAAUGGGUAAAGGGAAAGUCCAUCGAUGAGGCCGGCAAACUUAAGAACACGGACAUCGCCAAGGAACUGCGCCUACCACCCGUCAAGCUUCACUGCUCCAUGCUGGCCGAAGAUGCCAUUAAGGCGGCCCUGGCUGACUACAAGGUCAAGCAGCAGAAAAAGGAGGCCAACUAAGGGGCAGAACGGAAUCUGUGAAUGUAGUGGAGCGUAUCUCUGAACAGCCACUAAAAAAACAACUAUAUAUGUAAUCUACCAUACAAUACAAUACCAUAUACUAUAAAGAUACUUGGCAUUAGGUCGUAGUAUGCGAUUAUUCGCUAGAGCUCUGUGAGUGAUUGGCCGCGUGACUGCUGAUAAGUGCAUAGGGGUAUAGAAUACGACUUUCAUUGAUACUAACGGAUAGCAGGAACUGAUCUUGUAUGAAUGCAUGUCAACGUGUGUGUUUUUUAAGGGGAAUUCUAAGUAAUCCCAAGAGCUAAUUAAAUUAUCUGUUCUGUUAUGCUAAAUCUAAGCUUGCUUUGAAGAGAAAUAAAACGUUCCCGUUGGAAUAAAAAUUA